GGCUGCUGCUGGAAGCAACGUACAGCUGCCGAUGCAUGUGCCAUGCCUGGGCUCCCUUGUGCCGCUUCCCUUGGGAUGUCCCUUUGGUGCAGAUUCUAACUGGCACGAUGGAUUCAUCCGGCUGCUUCUGCAACCUCAGCCUCUUCCUGCUGCUGCUACAAGGAUUUGUUACCCCAUUUAACAUUGAUGUGAAAAGACCUCAGAUUUUCCGUGGCCCCCGGGAAGCCCAGUUUGGAUACAAAGUCCUGCAGCACACAGCUGGAGGGCAGAAAUGGAUGCUGGUGGGAGCACCCUGGGAUGGAACAGCAGAUGAUCGAAAAGGCGACAUUUACAAAUGCAUUGUGGGAGCAAGAAACAACUCGGCAUGUACCAAAGUCAAUAUAGGUGACAUGGCCCUGCGGAACAGCUCCAAGCAAAUAAAGAACAUGCAUUUUGGAAUGACGCUUGUGGCCAACAAAGACGACGGGUUUGUGGCAUGUGCCCCACUGUGGUCUCAGGAAUGUGGGACGUCCAUGUUUAGUACUGGAAUUUGCACCAGAAUGGAUGAAAACUUCCAGCCAAUGGAAAACAUUGCCCCCACAGCUCAAAGAUGUUCAACCUACAUGGAUAUUGUAAUAGUUCUGGAUGGAUCCAACAGCAUCUAUCCUUGGUAUGAGGUGCAGAAUUUCCUUAGCAACAUCCUUAGCAAAUUUUUCAUCGACCCUGAGCAGAUCCAAGUUGGGGUUUUACAGUACAGUGAGGUCGCCAUCCAUGAAUGGACACUCAAAGACUACCAAACAGCAGAAGAAGUCAUCGAAGCAGCCAAAAACAUUAGCCGGCAGGAAGGACUGGAAACUCGGACUGCUUCUGCAAUCCACAAGGCCUGCACAGAGGCCUUCAGCCCAGAAAGUGGUGGGAGAGAAGGAGCCACUAAGUUGAUGAUUGUGGUGACCGACGGAGAGUCCCAUGAUGGCGAAGAACUCCCCGAUGCCCUGGAAGAGUGUGAGAAACGAAAUGUAACCCGCUACGCCAUUGCAGUGUUGGGGCAUUACAUCCGGCGGCAGAAAGAUCCUGACUCCUUCAUCAACGAAAUUAAGUAUAUCGCCAGCGAUCCUGAUGAGAAGUAUUUCUUCAACGUGACCGAUGAAGCAGCCCUAAAUGAUAUCGUGGAUGCUUUGGGGGACAGGAUUUUUAGCCUGGAAGGGACUCGUGAAUAUAGCUCUUUUGAGCUGGAAAUGUCUCAGAUCGGCUUCUCCAUGCAUCUUCUAGAGGACGGAAUCCUCUUUGGCAUGGUUGGGGCAUAUGACUGGGAUGGAGGAGUCCUGAAGGAGAACAGCGGCAGGCAGAUCAUCCCUCCAAGGGAAGCUUUUCGGAGAGAGUUCCCCUUGGAACUGAAAAACCAUGCUUCCUACCUCGGUUAUGCAGUCUCCUCAAUCAGGCUGAGGAACGGGAAGAGUCUGUAUGUGGCAGGUGCCCCCCGCUUCAAGCACAAGGGGAAAGUGAUCCUGUUUGAAAUGAGUAGCAGUGGCCGGGUGACAAUCUCUCAAGCCCUCACUGGGGACCAGAUUGGUUCGUACUUUGGAAGCGAAGUGUGUCCUGUGGAUGUGAAUGGAGAUGGAAUCACAGACGUCUUGCUGGUGGCUGCGCCCAUGUAUUUGGGUGCACAGAACAAGGAAAUGGGGCGGGUUUCUAUCUACAAAGUGGGGCAGCCACUCCUGUCUUUUAAUGGGACACUCCACACCGACCCAAAACCUCAAGAUGCUCGUUUUGGCUACUCCCUGCUGGCCAUUCCUGACCUCAAUCACGACAGCUUUAAUGAUGUGGUGGUGGGUGCGCCACUGGAGGAUAACCACCAGGGGGCUGUCUACGUGUAUCACGGGUACCGCACCACUGUGCUGCCACGCUUCAAACAGCGAAUUGAAGCAACAGGGCUUCGCCGAGGUCUCACCUACUUUGGCCGCAGCUUGGACGGGCAGAUAGAUUUGGAUGGUGACGGUCUGGUGGACCUGGCUGUGGGUGCCCAGGGUGCUGCAGUGGUCUUGAGGUCGAGGAGGAUUGUGCAGGUCAACACUUCCAUUUCAGCCGAGCCUUCCUCUAUCAACGUUAUUCAGAAGAACUGCUACAGGAAUGGCAAGGAGUCUCUUUGCGUCACGGCUGACAUCUGCUUCAGAGCGUCUUCCCGUUCUCUGGGCAGGAGGGACAGCCAAUUUAGUGUGAAAUUCAACGUCUCCUUGGAUGACAGGAAAUUUAGGACAAGGGCUGUCUUUGAUGAUACCUCUCAAAAAGUGCUUCAGAAGAGAAUUCAGGCCAUAGUGGGCAGGAAAGUGUGCUCAACAGUCCGCUUUCACAUGAUUGACACUUCAGACUACCUGAGGCCUGUCGUGGUCAUGGUCAAGUACGCACUGAACGAUGCUGAACCAGGCCCUGUACUUGAUGAGAAAUCAGCCACUACAGUUAAGAAACUAAUCCCCUUCUUCAAGGAUUGUGGAGAGGACAAUGAGUGCAUAACUGAUCUAGUGUUGCAAGCGCAGAUGGAUAUCACUGGAUCCAGGCAGAAGCCUCACGUGAUCCGUAAAGGAAAGCGGAAGGUCUCAGUGGAUGUCCUCUUGGAAAACAAGAAGGAGAAUGCCUACAACACCAGCCUCAGGCUCUGGUUUUCCAAAAACCUCCACUUCUCCAGCCUAGUGCUUAAGGGUGAGAACGUAGUGAAGCUGGAAUGCACCACCCCAUCUGCCCAAACCCGUUCCUGCAGCGUCGGCUACCCUGUCUUCAGGGCCUUGGCAAAGGUGGCCUUCCUCCUUGAGUUUGAGUUCAGCUGCUCUUCCCUUCUGAACCGAGCACAGGUGAAUCUCACGGCCAGCAGCGACAGCCGGGAACUGAACGAGACCCUUACGGACAACACCGUGCAGCCCUUUGCGUAUGUCCGCUAUGAGCCUGACCUUUUCCUGUCCAGUGAAUCCACGCUGAACCGAUACGAAGUGCAUCCUGUGGGGACCUUUCCAAGUGGCAUGAUCCCAGAGUUCAAGACAACCAUCAAGGUGCAAAAUCUUGGCUGCUACACCGUGAGGAACCUCUCCCUCGUCAUGGAUCUUCCCACCACAGGCUAUCAGAACAGUAAAUUCCUCUCAAUCACCCGCAUCAUUGGGGACAACGUGACUUGCAUCGUUCAAAAUCUGACUGAGACAACGCAAAGCUCAGGCGGUGGCGUGAUCCCUGCUCAUCCAGAAGAACUCAUGCACAUUGAGAAAUUGAACUGCACCAAUACUGGGUGCCAAAUGGUGAAGUGCGAGCUGUCCCAAAUUGAGAGGGGCUUGGAAGUCUCCAUCCGCCUGCUGAGAGGUGUCCACAAUGAGUUUUUCAGGAAGGCUAAGUUCAAGACUGUUAAGGUUGUGAGCAUGUUCACCCUGACCGCCGAAGAAGAGGACGGCAUCCUCGUCCUGCCCGAGGCAGCCCACCAGAGGGAGGUGAUCUUGGAGAUUAUCCAACCCAAACUGGUCCCGCUUUCCCUCUGGAUCCUCAUCGGCAGCAUCAUUGGGGGACUCCUGCUGCUGGCCCUGAUCAUCGUCUUUUUGUGGAAGCUUGGAUUUUUUACGCACAAAAAGCCUGGAGAAGAAGAGAAAGAAGAGCAGCAGGCAGCAUUUUGAACAGAGACUCUUCAGUUCUCAAAAGAAGCAGGCCACUUUGGGAGGCAUCGGCAGAAAUGGAGCCUCCAUUUUCCUCCUU